AGAAAAGCAGAAAGCUGAAGUCAAGGACAGAAGGGUUUUAGAGAUUUUGCAAGCUAAAGACAACAAAAUAGAAACGCUAGAACAGAGACUUACAGGGCAGCAGCAGGAGAUAAACAACUUAAUACAGAGAAAAAAUGCUGUGGAUGAGGAAAAUGCCCGUUUGAAGAAUGAAUUCAGUAACUUGAACCAGAAAUUUAAAGAUAAAAGCCAAGAACUUAAGGACACUGAGGAGUGUGCACGGAAGAAGGAAGAGCAAAACAGACUGGUUAUAAAAAACCUGGAGGAGGAAAAUAAGGGAUUAAAUACAUGCUGUGCUGACCUGCUAAAUGACCUGGAGAAACUGAGGAAGCAGGAGGCACAAUGGAAAACAGAAAAAUCUGGCAAUGAUGCCAGAAUAAAG